AUGGUAGGCACCAAACACUCUACUGCCCCUAAACUCCCUUCAGACCCCAAACCUCCUGCCUCUCCUCCUGCUCCAAAACCCUCCAAACCUCCUGCCUCUCCUCCUGCGCCAAAACCCUCCAAACAUCCUGCCUCUCCUCCUGCUCCAAAACCCUCCAAACCUAUUGCUGCUCCUCCUGUGCCAGAGCCCUCCAAACCUAUUGCUGCUCCUCCUGCGCCAGAACCCUCCAAACCUGUUGCUGCUCCUCUUGCGCCAGAACCCUCCAAACCUAUUGCUGCUCCUCCUGCGCCAGAACCCUCCAAACCUAUUGCUGCUCCUCCUGCGCCAGAACCCUCCAAACCUAUUGCUGCUCCUCAUGUGCCAAAACCCUCCAAACCUAUUGCUGCUCCACCUGUGCCAAAACCCUCCAAACCUAUUGCUGCUCCACCUGCGCCAAAACCCUCCAAACCUAUUGCUGCUCCUCUUGCGCCAGAACCCCCCAAACCUAUUGCUGCUCCUCCUGCGCCAGAACCCUCCAAACCUAUUGCUGCUCCUCCUGCGCCAGAACCCUCCAAACCUAUUGCUGCUCCUCAUGUGCCAAAACCCUCCAAACCUAUUGCUGCUCCACCUGUGCCAAAACCCUCCAAACCUAUUGCUGCUCCACCUGCGCCAAAACCCUCCAAACCUAUUGCUGCUCCACCUGCGCCAAAACCCCCCAAACCUAUCCUCUUUUUGAAAAUCUUUUAA